GAAAUGUUAUUAAAAGAACAAUAAGAAUAUAAGUUGAGGUUAAUUGAGGAGAGAAUGGAGUAAUAUGAAACAAGUCUUUUGAAGAAGGUCAAUCACUUGGAAGAAAGGAUUAGGUCAUUUAAUCAAAAAUUUGAAAGAAUUGAUGAAUUAAGUGAAAGAGUUAAUGAUCUACAUUCUUUGUUUGAUAAACUUAAAGAAAAUUUUGAUACAAAAUUAAUGUUACAAGAUGACAAAAUCACAAAAGCAAAUUUCAAUAUAAAUAAAUUAAAAUAGGAAGACAUCCAACAAUUAUACAACUUAGUUAAAAAAGGGUUUCAUAACUCAAAAGAUUUGUCUCUAGAUAUGCAAAAUAUGAAGACUAAAGACAUAAGGCAAUCUGAGGUCCUAUUCAAAUAGGAAUUGAAACAAUCCAAUAUUUUAGGAGAAAGAUUAUAAUCACCUCUUUUGCAUUAGAGAAUGGAUAGUUAUUAAAAAAGUGAUAGAAUGCGAUCUAUAACGUUGGAGAAGGAUAAGGGUUAGGAGCUGAAGGUGAAAUUCGAAAAUGAGGAUUUAGAAACUAACAAACCAAAUUCAAAGGGUAUCACAAAAAAUGAAACUCAAAAAUUAAUUGAUAAAUAUUAGUUCACUUUAUAAACUAAACUUCAAAAUGAGAGUAAGUGAUUGUAAUAUAGUUAGAUAUUUAGAAGUUGAGCAAUGUAAAGAUUGAAGUGCAAAAUACUGAAUAAAGUAAGAUACUUACUUAAUAACAACAAUCAUUACUAGAGAGAACAAUAUCUUAAGAUCAUAUUCCAAGAUCAAAAUACUUGAAUAGUACCAAUCAAAUUAAAGAAUAACUGAAAAACUUAAGGAAAUGA